AUGAACGAUUAUUGUUACCUGGAUUUCUCAUUAAAGCUUAAAAAGGAACCAAGAGAAGAAUUGGCACAAAUAUACAUUAAAGGAGCAAUAAUCAAGUCAUUAGUUGCAAUAUUUGGAAAAAUUGGUGGACAAACUGAUUUUGAGUUACUCACAUUCGACGAGGCACGAAGAAAAGGCAUUUUAAGAGUUGCUGUUGACUUUGCAAUAAAAUUAAGAAUUGCAUUAACAUUAAUAGCUGAAUUUCAAGGAAUUCCAUCAAUAUUUCAAGUUCACAACAGCAGCAGUCAACUUAAUUCAUUGAUUGAUACAUUUAUAGAAUUUUAA